ACUAUCGCUGGAGCAUCAAAACGUCGCCGUCGGGAUACCAUGAAGCCAUACGACGUCGUAGAUGAUACCUUUAUUAGACACUCCAAACGCAAUCCAACGUUUGAUCUUUUGAUGUAAUAGAGAGCAGAAACCGUUGACCGUACAAAUCUCUACUCUCUCACUCCCACCACCCAAAGAUCCAAGCUCCGCCUCCGCCCUCCGUCGCCGGAAAACGCUCCAAGAUCCAGCAUUUGGAGUUUGGCUCUGCAAAACGAGGUUAAUUUGAAGGGUUUAUGCAAAUGGGGCAGCCUGGAAGAUGAAGGUAACGAUAGAGAAAGGUGUGGGCCAACAAAUCCAGCAGCCCACUCGAAACCCUCCGCCGCCCUCAGAUCUUCCAGAGAAGCCCGGUUUUCCUCCGCGCAAGCCGCCGCGCCGCAAGACCCGGCCCGGGGUCCGGUUGAGGAGGGAAUCCGGAGCUCCGACUGCGAAGCGGAGCAGCCGACCCGAGACCCCUUUGCUUAGGUGGAAGUUCGAUGAAGGCAAUCAGAAGAAUGUAGCUGUGGAUGAGGAGGUGGAGGAAGCCGGGGAACCCGGUCGCCGGAGGAAUAGGUCCGGGGUUUCCUCUAGGAAGCUUGCCGCCGGCCUCUGGCGGCUGCGGCUGGCGGAGUUGCAGGAUAAUGUCGCCCAAGGAGGAGUAGGGCUUCAGUCUGGAGGUGGCCAUUUCGGAGCCUCUAUCCAUUGUCGUGAUGCUGACAGAGUGCAUCGUUCUCCAGCUGAGGAUCCGGACUCUCCACACUCCGUCUCUGGUCCAAAACACGGCCUUCUCUACAAGUUUGAGCCUUCUUUUCAAUUUCCGAACUAUGCAAUGGAGGGUGCAACAAAGUGGGAUCCUGAUGGUUGGAAAGCAUCUGACGAAGUGAAGCAAAUAUUCAGCCAAACAAAGCCUAAUAACGACCACCGAGCAAGUUCUGCUAAAGUAAUAUCUGCCCUCGAGGCAGAACUGGAGCAGGCUAGAACAAGAAUCAACGAGCUUGAAACUGAUCGUAGAUCAUCAAAGAAGAAACUAGAGCAAUUCUUGCGUAAACUCAGCGAGGAAAGAGCAGCAUGGCGUAGCAGAGAACACGAGAAAGUCCGUGCUAUUAUAGAUGAUAUGAAAGCUGAUGUGAGCAGGGAGAAGAAGAACCGUCAAAGACUGGAGAUCGUCAAUUCUAAGCUGGUAAACGAGCUGGCUGAUGCCAAGUUAUCAGCCAAGCGUUACCUGCAGGAAUACGAAAAGGAAAGGAAGGCCAGAGCACUGAUAGAGGAGGUUUGCGAUGAGCUAGCCAAAGAAAUUGGAGAAGACAAGGCUGAAGUGGAAGCGUUAAAGAGAGAGUCGAUGAAACUCCGAGAGGAAGUAGACGAAGAGAGGAAAAUGUUGCAAAUGGCCGAGGUUUGGCGCGAGGAACGAGUUCAAAUGAAGUUGGUCGAUGCCAAGGUGAUGCUCGAAGAAAAGUACUCCCAGAUGAACAGGCUAAUAGCGGAGCUCGAGCCGUUCCUGAAUUCUAGAUCGGAUUCGCAGGAGAUUAAGAAAGCAGAUUUUUUACGGCAGGCAGCCGCCUCUCUUAACAUACAAGAUGUGAGGGAAUUGACAUAUGAGCCCCCGAAUUCUGAUGACAUUUUCUCCGUUUUUGAAGAUGUCAAUUUCGGCGAAUCCAACGAGAGAGAGGUCGAGCCAAGUGUUGGCUACACUCCUGCAAGCCAUGCCUCGAAAAUGCACACAGUGAGUCCUGAAAUAAAAAUGCUCAACAAAGACGGCACUCACAGGAAUUCCAAUGUAUAUAUGAACCAGAGCGGCGAGCUAGAAGAGGAUGCGAGCGAGUGGGAAACCGUGAGCCACCCUGAGGAUCAGGGCUCGAGCUACUCACCAGAUGGAAGCGACCCUUCUGUCAACAAGAAUUUCCGGGCCAGCAACGUCUCGAUGAAUGGAAUGGAAUGGGAGAAAGAUGGAGGAGGGCAGGAGACACCAAUAAUGGAAAUUAGUGAAGUGGACUCAGCAAGACUGAGGCAGUUGAAGAAGGUUUCUUCAAUAUCUAAGCUAUGGAGGUCGUGCCCGAGCAACGGUGACAGUUACAAGAUCAUAUCAGUCGAUGGAAAGAAUGGAAGGCUCUCAAAUGGUAGGCUUUCUAAUGCAGGUAUCAUGUCACCCGAUCACAGUUCAGCAAAAGGUUGCCUUAGCCCCCAAGAUUUGUCGGGACAGUGGAGCUCGCCUGACUCAGGAAACCCACAUGUGAAUCGUGCUAUGAAAGGAUGCAUUGAAUGGCCACGCACCGCGCAGAAGAAUAGUUUGAAGGCAAGACUGCUCGAGGCGAGGAUGGAGAGUCAAAAGGUCCAGUUGCGCCAGGUUUUGAAGCACAAGAUUUGAACUUUCUUCUUUCUGAAAAUGGUAAGGUAAGUUAAGUCGUCUUCUGCCAGCUCGACCACAUGCAUCGCCACCGUAACGCAGGCCCUCGGAUCGUGCGUUGAACUAAACUUGCUUAUCAGCAGACUGUUUUUCGCAAAGCUAAGGUAUGAUUAUUAUGAGGCAUUCUGUGUUAGCAUCAAUUUUGCGGAUGAGCAGCCUAAGCAAAUGCCAGUAUCUGUAAGUUAUGAUGUAAUAUGUUGAAUUUAAUCCAAGAUAAACCAAUUAUUGAUACAGAAGGAAACAUUGUAUCUGUAAUAUGGCUUCAGACAGUCUGCUCAGUUAGUUGCUUCUCUUCCAUUAUUCACAA